GCUAUUAGCCAAAGGUUGUAGCUAUUCCUGAGGCUAACAGUUUCCGAGAUUUAAGAUUCUUACUGUCAAGCACUUAACAGUACAGAUUAUUAUUCAUUGUUCUUCAAGUUCCUGACCAUUGAAUUAGGUCCAAAAGAAAUGGCUGCGGAUUGGUUGGGUAGUUUAGUGUCCAUUAACUGUGGGCCGACACUGGGAGUCUAUCAAGGAGAAGUAUCAUCUGUGGACCAGACCAGCCAAACUAUCUCUUUAAAACAACCUUACCACAAUGGAGUCAAGUGUCCAGUCCCCGAGGUCACGUUCAGUGCUAUUGACAUCAAGGAACUAAAGAUUUUAGAUAUUAGAAAUGGCAACAUACGGACCAGCAAUUCUGUGCCUACAAAAAUUGGCACUGCUCCAGUUGCAGUCCCAAAGGGUGACCCCAGGUCUGUGGAGAAAGUUAACUCUCCUCAGCAUUGCUCUAAAAGCUACGGAGAGCGUCAUCUGGAUGUUCCUGGACAGCCCAAAGGAUUCCGUCGAAGACACAACUCUUGGUCAUCUUGCAGUCGAGGGCCAAGUCAAAUGACACCGAAGAAGAACGGGGUGAAGAAUGGUCAGAUGAAGCAAAGAGAUGACGAGUGUUUUGGGGAUGGUGUGGAUGAAGAACUGGAAACCGAUUUUGAUUUUGAAGGAAACUUGGCUCUUUUUGACAAAGCAGCAGUUUUCUCAGAGAUUGACAUAUCAGAGCGUCGUAAUGGUGCAAGGUCACGUGGGACACCACAAGAGCAGACACCUUCGCGGUACCGUCACGAUGAGAACAUCCUGGAAGGAAAACCUAUUGUGUACAGACAGAUUACUGUACCACAGCCUGGGCCCAAAGAAUAUUGCACUGAUUCUGGGCUUGUUGUACCCAGUAUUUCCUAUGAACUUCACAAGCGUCUGCUCUCUGUUGCUGAGCAUUAUGGUCUGUCGUUGGAAAGAAGACUUGAAAUGACUGGAGUGUGUGCCAGUCAGAUGGCACUUACUUUGCUUGGUGGCCCCAACAGAUUCACUCCAAAAAAUUUACACCAGCGCCCCACAGUUGCUCUGCUGUGUGGCCCCCAUGUUCAGGGAGCUCAGGGCAUCAGUUGUGGUCGUCACCUGGCUAAUCAUGAAGUAGAGGCAAUCCUUUUUCUGCCAAACUUUGUCAAGAUGCUUGACUCAGUCACCAGUGAGCUCACACUCUUUAACAAGACUGGGGGCAAACAGGUGUCAAGUAUCAAAGACCUUCCAGACACCCCGGUUGACCUAAUCAUUAACUGCCUGGACUGCCAUGAGAACACAUUCCUGAUGGAUCAGCCUUGGUACCGAGCAGCUGCAGACUGGGCUAAUCGGAACAGAGCGCCAGUGCUCAGCUUAGACCCUCCUGUGAGUGGGCAGGGUCAGGCAGUUGAGGCCAAGUGGUCCCUCUCUCUUUGCCUCCCGCUUCCCCUGGCUGAAGGUGCUGGCAGGGUUUACCUGUGUGACAUAGGUAUUCCUCGCCAGGUGUUCCAGGAAGUUGGAAUCAAGUACCAUUCUCCUUUUGGGUGCAAGUUUGUCAUCCCACUGCACUCUGCAUGAGGGGACUGACGGUUAACACGACAGAUUGAAUCUUUCACCAUUCUUGACUGGGUUUGGGCGUUUGAGCUUCUGUUUUUCUGUUCAUCCCUUAGUUUUCUAACUCAUCAACAUGUGAAAAGUAUUUUUUCCUCUAUGAAGGACCAUGGUUUCCUACGUUAGGUCUUCAGGGACGUUAAGCUUACACCUGGUUUACACAGGAUGCGUGGCGUGUGCUUCGCUGCUGUGUGGUAUUACUGCUGUGUCUUGCUUGUUUGUGUGUUCACAAUAGCUGCAUGUCUGCUGCAUCUUACUUGUGUGUAAGAGUCAGCCUUUCACCCAAUAAGUAUUACACCUGCUAAAAUUGAUUUGAAAAUAUAUUUUUGUUUUUCAUGCAUUCAUACUCAGCCUAGACACUAAAACUGCUGUGCAAAAGAUCUUUUCUAUUUUUGCUGGGAAUAGCACGUGUCACACAAAAACAUAGGUAAGACGCUGGAACAUAAAAAUGUCCAUGCCUGAGACAUACACCUCUCGCAGGCGGUGUGAAUGCACUGAAAACGUGAGCUGACAAUGACAAUGCAGCAGCGACACACAUGCCACACGCACCAUAUGUGAACCAGGCCUUAUUGAUUGAGAAGAAAAAAAACUUUUAAAUCAUUGAAAAAAAGGAGAGUCAUCAAAAGUAAACAUAUAGUUGUAUUUGCAUAUUGUACAUACAAUUCUAUUUACAUAUUGCAAGGUAUUUCAAUGAUAGGUUUCUGUACAAUACACACAGAGUUUAGUUUUAAAUUGAGUAGGACAAUCUGACUUAAAAAGGAGAGUCUCUGAAUGUUCAUUGCAAUCUAUCGUUAUUCCAAAGCCAUGUAGUGAAUGAGAACCAGUAAUGAAUACAUGCAAAUGUGGGAUUAUUACAUCACUCUGGAUGAUACAACAGAAAUUGCAUAUAUUUUUUUCCGUUAUGAUUACUUGUGGCUUUGCUCACUGCCUUCCAGAUUUUUAUCAGGAUAAAAUCUUCAGCCAAAGUGAAUUUUCAUCUGUGUGUUGUCAAACUAAAUGGACGUGGAUUUGUCUGGUCACUGGAGAGAAUCCAGAUAUCACUUGUUUUGUUUGCCCGCGGUAUAUUGUGUUAAUAAUAAGGGCUCAGAUAAGAUGAAACCGCAUCCAAAACCAUUAUCAGUCCCUUUUAUAGUGAUGGUUUUGGAGAAGUUAACAGACUUAAUUUUCGAAAAACUGAAGAAACAUACCAUUGUCUUUGAAAGCUUCAGGUCUUUAACUAUAAAUCAUGACCAUUUAACAUUUCUACUGGUCAUUUGCUGGCAACUGUUUAUACAGUAUUUUUGGUUUUCAUUCAUUGCCGUCUGAAAAUGAAUGAACAGUUUCAAAAUUGGUUAUAUUGUUAUUUUCUUCUUACACUAACAAGAAUAAAUGUGGACUUGAUGUUUGGCAAAAUAAUCUUAUACUAAAUAGAAAUGAGUAGAAGCCAGUGGAUACCUGGAACAAUAGAAAAUAAUACAUAUUAGUUUCUUAUAGUAACUCUAUAGCGUUUUGAUUUGCAGAUGGUUAGGAGCUAUGUAAGAUGUUAAAGAUUUUAUAUGGCCUGGCUGAAAACCACUGGUAUAGCAAUGGAAUUCAGCUGGGAAUGUCAGUUUUCCAACUAAAGUCAUAAAAUACAGCAUUAGGAAAAUUUUGAUUUCAACCCACAGAAAAGGAAAAAAAUCUCUGUACCAGUUAAAAGUGGCUUAUUGUGAUGAGAAGCUGUUGACAAAGUUUUGUCUGAAUGUAUUUGACCAUUACUUUUGUUUAUCCUUCCCCCAAAACAUAGACUGUGAAACAUACAUACAAAGUUGGCUGUAUGAUUGCUUAUUGAGGCCUUGGCGGAGGAGUCAUUUGUAAUGUAAGAGCUUUUCAACAAUGCUUUGCUGCAUCUUUCAUAAUACCUGCGGCCCGUAUCGCUGAGAUCACCAGAGUUUAAAAACACUGAAUAGACUUACAAGGUUACAAAUCUUACUGUUUGGUAUUUGAUGUAUUUUUUUUCCCACGCAUAAGCUCAAGGAUAAAAUAAACCUUGUUAUGUUUUCUCUGUGUACACCAGUCUGCACAGGGUUUGAGCACUGAAUCAGUGAAAUUUACUGCCAUGCACAAAUGUUUUGUCCUUUCUCCAACAUUCCUUCAGCCUGAUGUGUCAUGUCACAUCUGUUGAGACAAGCAGCCAGUGUUACUAAAUGUGAACAUAAGCUGAUGUGUGUUUGUCUUUGGCCACCAGGGGGCUGUGAAUCCACAUGGUUUAGUGGAGGCUUUUCCUCAUUCUGUUGUAAAAAAAAUAAAUAAAAAAAUGGCAGCUUUAUGUACCUAAUAUUUCAUUCCACUAUGAAUGGUGUGACUUCUUAAUAAAAUGUGAUCAACCAGUUAAUGAGAAUACUCCUGUUAGAAAGGAAAAUGGUUUAAAAGGAGAUUUUGUUUCCUUGUUUUGAAAAAAAUUGUUUUGUUGUACUGCAAUGGAUGUUGUGUCCAUAAAGGUCAGAUUUCAGUUCAGCAAAGCCACAUUGAAUGAAGAGGGGAAGAUUUUCGGCCACAGUACUUUUGUGACCAAUGUUCACACUUAAGCUUCCUGUGUAGAACAAAAUGUCCAGUGGUUUUGUGUUACAUCUGCAGAUUAAAGCAAUUUAAAAAGAAAUAA